UGUCCCUUGGCACAUUGAUAUCAGUGGGUACACACGCUGCCUUGCGAUCGCGCGUGUCCCGCGGUGUCUGCGCGUCCAUCUGCGAGUGUCUCGUGACUCUUUGCGUGCCCGGGCGCCCACGUGUCUGCCUCCGAGUGCCCGCAUGCGUCCGCGUGGGCCCCUGUGCCGGCGUCUCUGCCCGGGCCCGGCCGCCAGCUGCGUCCCGGGCCUCUGCAGCGCGGCCGGGAGGCGGCUGUGCCCGCGGUGCUUGCUCCCGGUGCGCUCUGUGCGGGAGCCGCGCCGACACGGCUUGGCCGCCCAGACAGUUUCAGAACGAUGCCUAAAACCGCACGUGGCGCUUGAACUUCGCCGCACGCCGACCUGCUGACGGCCGCGCCGCUCGGCACAGCGCUGCUCGGGCGCAGCCCUCCGCCGCGCGCUUUAGGGAGCUCCAUGGGACUACCGCAGAGUUUGUAGCGUUCUUUCCCGGCCGGCGCCCUCCCCUUCCCCCACCCGCCGCGCUUCAUGGGACGGGAGAGGUGCUGCACCUGUGUGCUCCCAUCAGCUGAAUGUUAUACAGCAAAUGGGGCUGACUAUCGUGGCACUCAGAACCAGACCUCCCAAUAUGCAGGGAAACCUUGUCUUUUUUGGAAUGAGACGUUUGAGCAUCCUUAUAAUACUUUGAAAUACCCCAAUGGGGAGGGAGGGCUUGGAAACCAUAACUACUGCAGGAACCCCGAUGGAGAUGUCAGCCCGUGGUGCUACAUUGCAGAGCACGAGGAUGGAAUAUAUUGGAAAUACUGUGAGAUUCCAUCCUGCCGAAUGCCAGGGAAUCUAGGGUGUUACAAGGACCAUGGAGAGCCACCACCUUUAACUGGGACCAGUGAGACCUCCAAUAAACUCACUAUCCAAACAUGCAUCAGUUCCUGCAGAAGUCAACAAUUUAAGUUUGCAGGCAUGGAAUCAGGUUAUGCUUGUUUCUGUGGAAAUAAUCCUGACUACUGGAGAUACGGGGAGGCAGCCAGUACAGAAUGCAACAGUGUUUGCUUUGGAGACCAUACUCAGCCUUGUGGUGGGGAUGGCAGAGUCAUUCUUUUUGACACCCUUAUUGGUGCCUGUGGAGGGAAUUACACUUCUGCUACAGCUGUGAUCUAUUCCCCAGAUUUCCCCGAUACAUACGGCACAGGAAAAGUCUGUUACUGGACCAUACAAGUUCCAGGAGCAUCUCAAAUCCACUUCAGCUUUGCCCUUUUUGAAAUCAAAGAUGCUACAGAUAUGGUGGAACUGCUGGAUGGCUAUACCUAUCACGUUCUAGCUCGCUUUAAUGGCAAGAACCGGCCUCCUCACACCUUUAACAUCUCUUUGGAUUUUGUCAUUUUGUACUUUUUCUCAGAUGAAAUCAAUCAAGCCCAGGGAUUUGCUAUCAGAUACAGAGCUGUCAAGGACAAUGUGCAUCAAAACAAGAUUCCAACGAAUCAGACCCUUUCAGAGAAGAGAACUGAACAAGCAAAUCUCAGCAUCAGUGCAGCACGGUCAUCAAAGAUACUUUAUGUCAUCACAACCAGCCCGAGUCAUCCUAGUAACUCCAUGCCUGAGUGGACAAUAUAUAGUCUCACAGCACUGCUCAUCCUAAGUGUUACAGCCAUAAUAGCAAAGAUAUUUCUCCACAUUACCAUGAGAUCCCGUCAGAUACCAUCUGCAACUGAAACAGAAGAUUCCAGUGAGGUGACUACUGCUGGUGAGAUCUGGAGUAUAUUUUACCAGCCAUCCACAUCGAUAUCCAUCUUCAAGAAAAAGCUUCUAAGUCAACAAGAUGAUUGCAACCCACUAGUGGGAAACUGAAGUGCCUUUUACAAGAGUCAAGCUUCAGAAAACCCAGGUGACUUGGGAAUAAUCCUUUUUUUUUUUUUGUCUCCCAAUUUCAUACUUGUUUUCCAAAAAGUCCAUUCCCAAAGGCCUUUGAGUAACUUUGCCUAUCUGCUGUUCUCUUGGGUAUACUAAUGACAACAGAUUUAAUUGCAGCAAUAAUUUUGAAAUACCUGGUGCUCAGCAAAUUUGUAGUGCUUUUAGUUACUGGCUUUAAACCAAUGCACUUAAAAUACAUGUAAAAACCUAUAAAAUUCAAAGUCCGGUACCUCUGCUAAAAGUGACUGAAUCAGUAUCUGCAGGUUGAGGACCCCUCGUGUCCUGCUUUCCUAUACCACUGUUAUUAUAUCAGGCUAUCUUAGUCCCUUUAUUCUGAAGGCUGAAGACAGAGGAAGAUACUGAUAACCUGUUCAGCUGCCACAGUGACCACAGAGCUUAUUUGCCUUAACAUAAACAUGUCUAAAUGGUACUAUACAGUAAAAUGGGAGUCAAAAGACUUCAAGAAACUAUCAGCCUAUCAGCCUUGUUGCCCAAGUGCUCUGUUUCCACAAGCAGAGAUGUACAAAUAAAAGUCAAAUCAAAUUCAGGAGGCAAUGCUCUGUGGAGUUUCAGCCGCAAACGUGAGUUUUGCUGGAGUAAUGCUCACUGGGUCAAGGUCUGCACAAGCAAUGAAGACUUUUAAAUUACUAUGUCUGAGCCAUCAUUCAUCAAUGAUUAUGAUAGUUUUGUUCAUAUUCACAGUGACCCUUUAAGAAAACUAUUGUACUCCAAUUUGAAGUCCUGCAUUCAUUCUAGAUGUAAACUUAGGGCUUGUUAAAGGAUUGUCCAAAGGAUGUAAAUGCCCUGAAUUUUUAACAGUGAGACUGACUAAUAUAAAUUCAACCACCAGUGGGGUCUCAGCGGCGUAAACUAUUUACAGAGUUGUAGCCUGCUAUUAAAAACCCAUCUGCUAUUAAAAACCCACCUAGGCCAGGCUGUGAAUCUGAACAUGUACCUAACAAUCACUUUAAUACUUACCUGUGAGAGGAAAAACUGUCUCCUUGCCUGUAAAAUUGAAACUAAACUGCAUUUUUAAGAUUAAUGCCCUUAAUUUUCAAGGAAAAUUAAGUGGGGAUCUGAUCUGUGAAAUGAUUUCUCUUUGAUUGCAACAGACAGCAUUAACUGUUUUUCUCUUUGGUAGAAUAUCUCUACACCCAGAAUGCUAAGACUUCUCAUCCCACCACCAGGGAUCAACAGGGAGUCUUUCAGCAUCAGCAAAUCCAGACCAACAAGACAUUUAGGGAAAACAGACAAUACAGAAGUCAGAUAAAUUGAAAAGUUUCCUGAGAAAGCAGCUCCUCAAACUAAGUUAGAGGAAAUUCAGUGAGAGCCAUUAAAAUACAGUAAUUUCAGUAAAGACAAAAGGAAUCAAUAUUAAAUAUUAAUAUUAAAUAUUAAAUGUAUAUGCAAAAGAAAACUACAAAAAGUGAGAAAAUUGUCAAUGAAUUAAAGUCCAGUAUAGUAUCUGCCCUCUGCUUUUAACAUAUAACUCUUUUCCAUUUAAGAUGUCUGUAGAUUUCCUUGAAAAAACAGGGCAUCUAAGAAUUAAUGAAAUACUGUCUUACUUGCCAGUGUAGAUCUCUCAUAUUUUACCUGAAUUUAAUCAAUUCCAGUUCCAUUUAUGUACCACAGAUGAGUGCCAGAGACAGCUGCAAAAUACCACAAUAAAUGCUUAAUAGAAACUAGACUUUACUAAGCCACCAAUUAUGGAAUUGUUUAUAUAAAAAAUGGAAUAUCAUGGGAACAUCUAGUACUUCUUGCAUGAGCUGCUGGAAAGAUUACAGGAAAAGAUCAUUACAGUAUCACCUAAAAUCAAGACAGAACGAGUUGUAAAAUAUGCUGGUUAUCUCGUACGUGUCAUCAGGUUGGACCAAAAAACAUUCUCUGUUACAGACACAAUAAAAAUUCUUAAAUUGCCUUUUUUAACAGUCAGGUUUUGCAUCAUGCCAUGUGGGCAAAGAGUCCACCUCACAGAUUUGUAGCAAAACAAAUUAGUUGCCUCCUAAGCACGCUUAAUAUGGUUCACUAUUAGAAAACCAGGAGGGAAGAGUCAGUGUAAAACUAGAUCCUUAAGAAUUAUAAGCACAUUGUGAUGAAGCUUUGCUUGCCUUAUCAAAUGUUCUUGAGCAGUUAUACAGUCAAAAGGACAUUCAUAAAGCAAUUAGCUAAUGCUGAUAAACUGAAGAAACUUCAAGAGCACUCCAUGACUGAUUUCUACCUACUGCAGAAGGUAAAAAGACAGAAGUGUUAAGUUUCCUAUCUUCUGUAAAGACUUUCAUUUCACUAUAAAAUUAGAGAAAGUCCAUUACAAACAACAGCAAAAACCCUGAUGCUACUAAUGCAAAAUCUAGAGAAUUUAGAAACUGGUAUGUUUUUCAUCAGUCCCUUAGCUCCUCAAUUAUUUUUUAAAUAAUUAAAUCCUAUUUCGUGGGCUUUUCUUAGAGAGUGUUUUAUAGAAUCACCAAUUUCAGUAUGAAAUACCCAUAAAACCAGCAGUUACAGCAGAUUAUCUGGCCAUGGCAGCUAUGAACAUGACUAAGAAUAAGGUAUUGCACACUAAUAAAAGUGUAGAGGAAAUUGUUACAUUUUACCCCCUAAUCUUCCAGAUUGUCUGAUUUUAGAUAUCUCUAAUACUAGGAAACAGCAAAAGAUAGAAAUGCACGGAUAGAGUCCGUUAAAUAGCGCUUCUUACUAUACAGGUCUGAGACCCGUAAGGAGCAAGUAGAUCUCUGCUGUGGAAUUUUUCCAAAUGUGGUAUGGUCACCCACACUCCUAGUUCAGACACUUCAGUGGUAAGGUGGAAUAUGACCAACAUAUGUGUUAUCCAUUAACCUAGUACUUUAGGAUCUUUGAUAUACGGGUUUGGGGAGAGAAAGAAGAAAAGUCUGAUAUGCACAACUGUUGUAAUCCCACAUGAUUCAGCAUACAGAAAUGUCCCUAUGACACCGACAGCUGAGUGCUGACAGCUGGAGGGCCUGGACACCUCAGGAUACUAGUGUUUGCAGAGUUUUCUUACACCACUUGAAAAUAGCUGCAGAAGAAUAAUUUCUUUGGAAUUCUAUCUGAAUGGCCUUCUGACCUGCUACUAGUAGUUCCCUGAACAGACUGGACAGGCUGUAAAUGUAAUAUUGGCCACAAUUUCAAAAGCAACUGUUUUGACAACAAAGCCAUCAUGAGGAGCUGCCUCCUCAUAUACACGCAUUCCAGACCCUGCUCUGGCCCCCUCAUUGCUCGGUUGUGUUGGUAUGACUGGCUGUGUGGCAGUGCAAUAAACUGAUCAGGUUAAAAAUUACAAUCGCCUUUUCUUACAUUAGUUACUUUUAAGAGAGAUAAGUAAUCUUGUUUAUUGGGUGGUGGCACAGAUAGGUGAGCUAACGUUGCUAAGUUAGCUCACAAAAAUACAUAGGACAAAGAGAAUUGUCUGCCCCAGAAGCAGGGGCAGUACCAUGGCACUGCCAUCGUAGCAACUUCUGAGACUACGUCCUUAUUUUCUGCAGCAUGGCAGUUACAAGAGCCUACCAUACAGGCAGACCUCAGGUGGGAGGGGGCCAGCUGGACAAGUGGCCUCCCUAAUUAAAAAUCUACAUUUAAAACUAGCUUAGUUCAACUAAAUGAUUUUGUAUGUACUUUUGUCUUAAUAUUCUGAUGUUGGGGGGAAAUGGAGGUUAUGUUAUUUAAAAAUCUGUGUGAAAUGUUAUCAUAGUAAUAUAUAUUUAUAUAUGCAUAGGAAGUGCACAUUGCGCUUGUACCUUGCCAACAUUUUACAGGAAGAUGUUAGUUUACACUGUCGAGAAAAUUUCUGUUAUUUCUAAAAUUUUCUAUAACACUGUAACCAUAGGAAAAAAUGAUAAAUUCAUUGGUAUGUAUGACAGAAGAACACUGAGGGUAGCUCAGACUCAGUUUUGUGUCACAUUAGAUGCUAAUGAAACGAUUGCUUUAAAAUGCACCUUCCUCCUUUGAUUCUUAUUUCUAGCUUGGAAUUGUAUUAGGUUUUUCACCCAGUUCUGCAAAUUCACGUGCAUAUACUCUUUGGAUCAUUUUAACUUCAAACGUGUUAUCUGCUUUUUCAAUCAAGUAUUAACAUUUCAGGGCUUGUUUCUGCCAGAUCUGCUACAGCCAGUGCACUCUUGAGGACUUUUAUCACAUUGCUCAUGCAGAGAACCUAAUGGUAUUUCAGAAUUCCAGUCUCUGUAUUCCAGUCUGCCCUGGCAAUAGUAUAACCAGGAGAUUUUUUCCUGACAGCCCUAGAAACUGUACCAAAUCUGCAGCCUGUAUAACUACAGGCCAAACAGAUCAGUAGACACUUGGCUGUCACUGAGUGUGCAUGACUAGCUAUUCCAGUUUCAUCUUCUGCUUAAUAAACCUUCUCAGGCACUGGGAAGGACUGCCAAUAGAUUUUUCUAGUGCACCACUUUGCCUAAAGGAAGGGUGAACUACAAAAACAACUCCUGACAAAUACUUGUCCAACUAGUUCUUAAUACCUUUCAGCAAUAAUAUUUCACAAUCUUCCAGUGAAAUAUAGCCCAGUGACAGUUUCAACUGAAAAUUAUUCUAAACAUUUAUGAACCUUGUAAAUCUGUUACCUUGAGAUCUUGAGAGUGAAAAAUAUAAUUGUCUUCAGAUCAUACCAUUUUUUUCUAUAGCACCACUCCCCUUGACACACAUACAUUUCAUGCAACUCAUACUUUCUCCAUUUUACCAAGCACCUCUGCUUUGGGAUGAAAUUUGGCAUUCUGAAUUUUAGUCUCAAGACAACUUAUUGUAAAUCCAAAGGUUAUCACAUGGAGCAAGUAAGGACUGACAAGAAACCAGAAUAAUUCAAUCUUAUGGGGGGGAGGAUAAUCUGCUCUCCUUUCUUGCCAUUCAGGUUAUGAGACUGCUCUUAACACUUCUAUUUAUUCUCGUAGCUGUUGCCUUUUUUGUUGUUGUUUCCUAAGCAACAGUUUCAUUCCCCAUGAGGGAAAUGUAUUCUGUACUCUGAAAGAAACACUUUUCUUUCAUUUAAGUCACAGGAGCAGGGUGCUUCCAUUGCAAGACAAAAUGUCUGGUUUCAGGUAUGUUGUUUUCUCCUUGGCCAAAGACAGGCAGGCUGUCUCCACAUGCUAUGAACACAGCCAUCCUUUUAAGGACUCUUCUCUUCAUGCUAUCCAAGUAACAUCCAAUGUUUCCUAACAGCUGUCAUAGGAUUUGACAGAUGCACCCAAUAUUGCUACAGCAAAAAUGAGAUUGUGUUACAGAAACACCAAGUGUUACCAUAAUGUACAAUCUCAUUAGGAAUAGUCUGUUCCCGCAUUUCUUUUUUUUUACCAUAUGGAGGUUACAUGCAGCUUUAUGGUGCCCACAGGACUCUCAUUUUGCCAUAAAUUUGUUCCUUAAAUAUUGAACCUCAAAAGUGAAAAGAACUUUCCCCUGUCAAAUCUCAAAAUAUUCAUUUUUGAUUGAAAAUAUUUAAAUUUAGUCAUUAAAAGUGACAACAAAGGGCAGAAUACCACACACACACACACAAACUAAGCACCACAUUAAAGUUCAGUCAACAGCCCACAACUGUCUUUCUCAAAGAGGCAGAGUACGAGUUCACUGAUCAUUUUGCGGGACAGCAAGGGUAGAGGUUCUGAUCUUAGAAGAACAUCAAUCAUCUCAAAGUCUUCUUGAGGAUAAAAAAAAAAAGAGAAAACAAAACACUGGUCAGCAACGGCAAACUGUGGGGGUGGAGGGAGGUAAGAAGAAUGGGAUGUGACCUAUCAACAUAGGUGUAGCAGCCAAACACAUGGAAAGUUUUACGCUAUUUCUAAGAGCAACUGUUUAAUGACUAAAGGCUGUGCUGCCAUUCAGCAGGAUCAGGGGGAUCUUGACCAGCUUGAGAGUUGGGCAGAGAGGAAUCUGCUGAAGUUCAACAAGGACAAAUGCAGACUCCUGCAUCUGGGAAGGAACAACCCCAUACACCAGUAUAGGCUGGGGCUUGACCUGCUGGAGAGCAGCUCUGAGUAGAGAGAUCUGGAAGUGCUGGUUGACAAUAAACUAAACAUGAGCCAGCAACCUCACAUGAGGUGAGGCCUCAUCUGGAGUCCUGUGUCCAGUUUUGGGCUCAAGAGGGAUGGGGAACUGCUGGAGAGAGGCCAGCACAGGGCUACCAAGGUGAUCAGUGGACUGGAGCAUCUUCUUUGUGACGAAAGGCUGCGGGACCUGGAGCUGUUUAGUCUGGAGGACGUGGGGGGGAUCUCAUUAGUAUUUACAAGUAUCAAAAUGGUAGAUGUCAGGAGGUUGGGGCAUCACUUUUUUCCGUUGUAUCCAGUGACAGGACAAGGGGUAAUGGGAUGAAGCUGGAACACAAAGUUCCAUUUAAACAUAAGAAAGAACUAUUUCCCUGUGAAGGUGAGGGAGCCCUGGCCCAGGCUGCCCACGGGGGUUGUGGAGUCUCUUUCUCUGGAGGUGUUCAAGGCCCACUUGGACAUGUUCCUGUAUCUGCGGAUCUGCUUCAGCAGGGGUGUUGGACUAGAUGAUCCCUAAAGGUCCCUUCCAACCCCUACUAUUCUAUGAUCUAUGACUGAUUUGCAAAUAAAAUGCAUAGCUCUAAUAACUAGCAGUUGCCAAGGUUCUGUUCACCAAGAAAAAAAAUGUAUGUACUUUGGGAAGCACUUGCUUAUGCUGCCUAUCUCCCAUCUGCCUGUUGCUCUUCCAUUAUUGUGCCUGUCUUCUCAUACAGACCAGGCUUUCCCAUAGUACCUGAGAUGAGGAUGAUAACUGAUCCUCACACUAAGAGGAGUCCCAUGCAAAAUGAUACUCCAGUUCAACAGUCUGUCAUCCCAAACAUGGAGCUUUCGCAUACAAAACAAGGAGUCUGAGAGAGGUAAGGCUUAUUCUUGGCUUAAUUCUGAGGUGAGCAAAUUACAGUGCACUUCAACAGAGGAGAAGAAAAGUCCAGGGGAAUUACUAGGUGAAAAUCUCUGGGAAAAGGAAGAAAACAGAGGAGACUGGAGAGGAUUAUUUGUGUGUGUGUGUUUAUCACUGAAUGGGAAAUAAUGAACAUUAAUAAAAACAGAGGCAAACUGUUUAUGCAGCAACAUAUAAGCAUGUAUUACAUAAAUACAUAUGUAUGAAAACACAGAGGUUGCUAUCCACAUACCUCCAUGUCCCUCUCUUUUGUUCUCUGCCUAAACAUCUUUGGUCAAAUUUUGCCCUCUGCCGACAAAUGACGACUAGCACAGCACUGAUUUUCACUUCAGUGACACCAGUCAUUUCAUGAACAGGGUAAGGACUUGGACCUAGCUUGACUAUUGAAACUAUGAUAUAAUCUGCUUGUAUCCACCUGCAUCAUCCUGGCUCAGGCGUCGAAACUGCUUUAUUUCAAUACAAUAACCUAUUUUUACCUGAAAUGAAGAAACAAUCAAGUUCUCUUGCUACAAGGAACAGCCAGGCAGGUUCCACACAUAGAUGAGGAUGCCUUUGAGCAGAUGUGCCACUCCUUCUGUGCCUGGAGGCUUCAGUGGCUUGUGAGAUAGACACAACUCCUCCUGCCAACUCACCCCUCCCCCUCAAAUAACCAGCAUACUGUAUAAAGGCCCAAGUGCUGACUCAUUACUUACGGGCUGCCACACUGCAGUUUCAGCUCUACCACAUUUCCUUUCCUGUUUUCUCUGGCAGAGCUCUUUACCCCAUCUCUUCUACAGCAUGCUCUGGUGCAUUACUUUCCUAACCCUUCAUUUCACCUUCCUUCCUAUGUAAUCUGUUUUCUUGCAAGGAGUAGACCUAGCUUCUCCCCUCCUCAGCUCCAACAUCAGCCAGGUGUGACCAGGGACACUGAAGCAACAGGCAGCCCUCAUGCAACACCAACACUGGGUGGUGUUUCCUGGGGUCAGUACAAGGAAGGUAGCUAAAACUGUCAAGUACUGGACUUACAAUACCAGGUAAAAAAAGAUAAAUUCCUGGUUGAUAUUUAACUGUGGCACUUCCUCAAAGUUGAGUGGUCCUAAGACAGAACAUUAUCGGUUAUCUCCAGAAAAAACACUUCCAAACUUUUUACCAUGAUCAUUUAUGAUGUGUGUGAAUGCAUAUACAUACCCACCUGUUGGUUUUUAAAAGGAAAAAAUAUUGUUAUUACAGUUCAUCUCAGUAAAUCUAUGUCUAUACUUUUGAGAAAUGCAGCUGUCCAUGUCUUUUCCCCAGAACAAGAACAACAACUUCCGCAUGUAUAUGCAAUAAAACUGUAUUUUUGUGUGGUUUUGCCUUUUUUUUUUUAAAUACAGGAAUUUGUACACUUUCUUACAAAACUGCAGGUAACUACAACUUUUCUUAAAUCAUUUUUGGUCGGCAAGUACUGUAAAAUCUUUGUGUGCAAUUAUAAUGUAUUUACACAGCCCCACGUUAGUGAUUUCCAAUGAUUAUUACAAUAAUGU